UUCACAGCCCAUUCUGCCGUUUCCCUUCUGAAGCACUGCCAUUAACGCUUACAACCGCCGCCGAGCCGCACUGCCCAGCCGCCGCACGCCAGUUACUGGUAACGCAACGCCUCUAAGCGCUGCCUUGAGCAGCUCUCAGCGACGCCACUUGCAGCGCGCAGCGAAUCACUUGGUGACGCCAGACGAAGCUCCUUGCGGCGUCGAGCGACACCAAUUGCAGCCCACGACGGCGCUCAACGCGACGCCGGCAGGAAACCCACCAAGGCAGAAAAACAGAGAACUCCGGCAGGAACCAAAAUCCGCAAGAAAAAAUGUCAGAAGAUUUAAAUGGUGGAACUAGUGGAGAUGCUUAUGAAAAACUUAGGAGUUUGCAUUUAUCAUCUCUUGAUGACGAGGAAGAAGAAGAUGAAGUUCUAAUUGAUGACAGUGUACAUGAUGAUUUAUAUGAUGAUGAGGAUGAUGAAGACAAAGUACCUGUAGCAUUAGGCUUUGUCGAGAAGAAGAGGAAUUCAUGGUCUCUGCUUCGACAGUUGUUCCCAAGCAAAGCUGGGGGUACCCCUGCUUGGUUGGAACCAAUUAACUUGCCAUCAGGGAGGUCUUGUCUUUGUGACUUUUGUGGUGAGCCUUUGCAAUUCAUGCUCCAAGUUUAUGCACCACUAACUGAGAAGGAUUCAACAUUUCAUCGCACAGUGUUUGUCUUCAUGUGUCCAUCAAUGUCUUGUCUCCUUCGAGACCAGCAUGAACAGUGGAAACGACAUCCAGGAGCUACAUUGCGAAGUGUCAAGGUCUUUCGCUGUCAGUUGCCUCGCCUCAACUCUUUUUAUUCAAGUGAACCUCCAAAAAAUGAUGGGACAGAUAAACCUUCCGGAGAUGGAGCUGCACUUUGUAGUUGGUGUGGUACCUGGAGAGGAGAUAAAGUUUGUAGUGGUUGCAAAACAGUUCGUUACUGCUCUGAGAAACACCAGGCUGUUCAUUGGAAAUCUGGUCAUAAGAAGCAUUGUUUCUCAAACAUUUCACUGAAUGAAUCCAACUCUAAUGGCACAGCUGCAAGGAUGCUGAAAGUUGUGAGUAAUUCUUUGUGGCCAGAGUAUGAGAUCUCAAAUGAGGAUGAAUGUGAUGAGGUAUCUAAUGAUCAUGCCCAUUCCACAUCCUUGGUUUCUGCAAGCCAAGCAGAUGAAACAUACAAUUCGCUGUUGGAUAGCUUUGAGGGGGAUGAUGACAAGAAGAGUUGGGCUUCUUUCCAGGAGAGGAUAAUGCGAGCCCCUGACCAAGUAUUGAGGUAUUGUAGAUACGCCAAAGCUAAACCCUUGUGGCCCAUGUCGAGUGGCCAGCCAUCGAACAGUGACAUCCCAAAGUGCAACUACUGUGGUGGCCCUCGAGCCUUUGAAUUUCAGAUUUUGCCACAACUUCUGUACUACUUCGAUGUGGGAAAUGAUGUGAAUUCUCUGGAUUGGGCAACUGUGGCUGUAUACACGUGUGAAGCUUCGUGUGAAGGAAGCGUGGCUUACAAGGAGGAAUUUGCUUGGGUUCAGGUUGCAUCCCAGUCAAAUACUUAGACAAACAGAAUCCAUACUACUUUUUUAUUGGGAUGAAGCAGACUAGUACUUUUUUAUUGUGUGAGAAGACAGGAAGAUGAAAAGCAUGUUUGUUUCACAUAGGGCAUGUUUGGUUGGCAGGAAAAGAUUUUCCAUGGGAAGUGGGUUCCCCAAAAUCAAAGAAAUUGCUAUUUUCCUA